AUUUGUUGUAAGCGGCCCAACAAUAUUGUCCUUACUUAAAUCACACUUGUCAAAAUUUCCUCCUUCGCGAUAUCAUUUGUAAUUACAUUGAAGUUGUCGGUGCCGAUUGACAUGUCUUCUGACUGGGCAGGCAGAUGGUGCCAUGUACAAAAGUUCCUGGAGAGAACUGGGCCCUUUGCUCACCCAGAUUUUGAGCCAAGCUCUGAGACUUUGACAUUCCUGCAGGAGGUGUGUAAGCUGCUGAUUAUUGGAGCUGGAGGUCUUGGUUGUGAACUGCUCAAAGAUCUGGCGUUGAUUGGUUUUAAAAACAUCGACAUCAUUGACAUGGACACCAUAGAUGUCUCCAAUCUCAACAGACAGUUCCUCUUUAGACCAAAAGAUGUAGGGAGAGCAAAGGCAGAGGUAGCUGCUGAGUUCAUCAACAACAGAAUCCCAGGCUGUAAUGUCACUCCACACUAUGCAAAGAUCCAGGAUUAUGAUGAAUCAUUCUACAGAAAUUUUCACAUCAUUGUGUGUGGGUUGGACUCAAUUGUAGCAAGAAGAUGGAUAAAUGGAAUGCUGGUGAGCAUGCUACAAUAUGAGGAAGGUGAGCUGGACCAGUCUAGUAUCGUGCCUAUGGUGGACGGAGGGACGGAAGGGUUCAAGGGUAAUGCGCGUGUUGUCCUUCCCGGCAUGUCUGCCUGCAUAGAGUGUACUCUGGAUCUCUAUCCACCACAGGUGAAUUUCCCCCUGUGUACCAUAGCCCACACCCCACGUCUGCCGGAACACUGUAUAGAGUAUGUGAGGAUUCUCCUCUGGCCCAAGGAGGAACCAUUCGGGGUUGGUGUGGCUAUAGAUGGGGACGAGCCGCUGCAUAUCCGCUGGAUCAUGGAGAAAUCUCAGGAAAGGGCUGAUGAGUUUAGUAUCCCUGGCAUCAACUACAGACUUACACAGGGUGUUGUAAAAAGGAUCAUUCCAGCGGUGGCCUCAACGAAUGCUGUCAUAGCAGCUGCCUGUUCUACCGAGGUGUUCAAACUGGCUACAAGUUGCUGUAUGCCUCUUAAUAACUACAUGAACUUCAAUGACACAGAAGGAAUCUACACAUAUACCUUUGAGGCAGAGAAAAAGGAGGACUGCAUGGCGUGCAGUAAGAUCCCCAAGGCAAUAACAUUCUCCGAGUCCGACAAGCUACAGGACGUCAUCAACUUUCUUGUAGAGAGCCCCGAAUAUCAGAUGAAGUCGCCGGGUGUGACGGCAAUGGUGCAGGGUAAGAACAAGACCCUGUACAUGCAGACCGUCAAGUCUAUAGAGGAGAAGACUAGGCAAAACCUGAAAAUCACUCUCAAGGAGCUGGGCUUGGUGUCCGGGCAGGAGCUGUAUGUUGCUGAUGUGACCACUCCACUGACCUUGACCUUCAAACUGAGCCUCGCCACCAACAUGGAGUGAACUCUGUCCAUUGUUGUGAAAUUGUGGAUCUAUAUAGACUGUGGGAUUGAAGUGGAUAGAAGUUGAACAUGUACUGAAACAAAACAUAUAAGAAGACUUAAACUUGAAGUAACGAUGACUUUGAAAUAAACUGGAAUUACCUUUAAAGAUUGCCAUAAUGUGGUCUAAAAUAGUGUUCUUAAACUGUCUUUAUAGACUGUUUAAACUUAAAUGUACUGUCUAGAAUCAUUAUGGGAGUGAAAUGGAGUGGCCCAGACUUUCAAAUAUACGAAACCAAUUAGAACUACAACUUGUCGAUUUUUUUUUGCGAAGUUUUUCACUAAAUCUGUUUGAUAAUGCAACUUUGUGCUGCCAUUUAUUUUACAAAGAAUUAGAAGAAGUAUAAUUGACCAUCUGAUUGUUUAAUUUGACAUUAGUGCCUGGUCAUUUGAGCCAGACAUUCACCAUAUGGUGACUACAGGCCAUCCUUAGCAGUUUACCUACUGGUAUAUGGACUAUGUGGUUGAACUAAAAAUAAGAUGAAACAUUUUUGGAGGAAAAAGCCAUUGAACUAUGAAAAAAACUUUGGAGUCUCCCUUAAAGAGAAUAAACAUUGGCAACCUUGAUGUUAUAGGUAAAGAGUCUCAAAGACAAGUUCAUGGAAUUUAAUUUCAUGCUUUCUGUGCUUUAUUAAAAAAAAAUAGUGGAUUGGAACCUGAUAAUCUCACUGCUUGAAACAUUGUGGUUUUUGAAGUAUGAUUACCCUGUUUCUGACAAUGUAGCUUGUUCCAUUGUAGGAAACGAACAUUAAUACUUCCCUUGCUAGUAAGAAAAAUGCAUGAUGUCAUUUCAUAUGUGAUGUCUGUUAGCCAAUAUUUGGUACAAGCUUUCCAAGUCAAUGUAAAGUAAAUAUCAUUUUUAGCUGGUCUAUUUUCCAAAGUAAAAAAAUUGAAAUCUCAAAAACCAGUUCCAAGAUAUUCCAAUGAAAAUUGGUACACAUGUUCAAAGGGGCUAUACGUACAUGUAUAGAGGGACCUUAACUCUUACUUUAAUACAGUUGAGUUAUGCCCCUUUAUUUGAAAACAACAAAGCUAGGGGUUCUCUGUGGGGCGCUUAUUGUAAUGUAUAACAAGCAUGAAAGAAAGAGAAAACUGCUUGUUUCAAUGCAAGAUUGUUAUAUAUUUCUCCUCUAUCUUAAUACACUGAUUCAAACAAUUAUCGAACAAAUGUACAAAAUGUAUAUGUAAAGCUGUUAUGUAAUUUGUAACAGACAAAGAUGAUUUAGUUGAAAUAUGUCAUUGACUUUUGACACAAGUAAUAAGGAGACCAAUAAGGUACAAUAUUAUAGGUUUGAUAAGAUAUUUGGUGAGCAGUUCUGUGUGAAUGAUUGUUUGAUUGUAGACCUGAUAGUAGUAACAAAGUGACACAGCAGUGCAAUAUUGUUUAUUGUGAUUUGCAUAUACAUGUAACCGUUCUUAUGUAGUGUGUGAACAAUGUCAUUUGGAGAUAUUAUUGAAGUAUAAAGCACCCAAAGGUUUUAA